GUUUAUUUAAAUCCGUCUAAGCCACCUAGUCACCUAGGCGCUAGGCUCCAGUCUGCCACCCAAUUUGCGCCUAACGUCUUUUACAACUCAAGUGACGAGAUGGUUUUUCAUGAACAACUCACAUUCAGCAACUCAGCAUACUAGAAGAAUUUUUUUUCUGAAUUAUUUGUGUCUUCCUCUAUAGCUAGUAGGCACAUUGAUCAAACACACACAGACAGACACCUACGAAAUCUCACUGAAGACCUCCUUCCCAUUGACUCCUUUUUUCCAUUGAAGAAAAAAGCUGAGGAGAGUACGUACGUUUAGUUAUGAAGAGGCCGCAGCUCAGUAUUUUUUCCAUUACAUUACCAACUACAUCCUUAGUUUUUUAUUUUAGCAUCGCUUCCUCUAUCAUCUUUCUCUCUUUCGUUCUCAUUUGGGUCAACAUAUCCUCUCCUUCCAACAUUCCAUUGCCCGCCCAACAAACCACCAAUUGUCUCGAGUAUUUCAACACAUCCUCCAUCGUUUUCGGUUUCACACCAUCACCCUUAGCCGCCACAGUUCCACCUCUUCCAGCUGCUGAUCAUCCAACUAAUUUAACUACCGGAGAUGAUUUUAUCGAUAAAAAUAAUGUUUCCGUUACAGAAAAUAGUCCUUCGAAAGAUUUAUCAGUCUUGAAGUUGACGGACACCCCUUCCAGUACACCUGAAAAUGCUUCUUCUAGCUAUUUUGAGAACGAAGCCCAAGCAGUGGCAGUACUGCAACAUGAGUUACAUGAUGACGAAGAAGAAGAAGAAGAAGAAGAAGAAGACAGCGGCAGCCGUGAGUUAGAUAUUAUUUUUGAUAGUAACUUCACAGCAGUGCCGGCACAACAAAUUCCACCAGCUGCAAUCUUAAUUGACAAGAUUGAGACAAAUACUCAUGACGACCAAAAUGUUCCAUCCGUGAACACGACUGUAGAGCAAAAUGCUCCAUUGAACCGCACUCAUGAAGAGCAAACUGUGCCGUUGGCAAACACAACCGAGGAGCAAAAUGCACCGUUGAUGAACAAGACUGAAGAGCAAAAUGCUCCAAUUUUGAUGAACAAGACGGAACAGCAAAAUGCAGCUGCAUUGAGUGAAAAAACGGUUCAAGCUAAGAGUAGAAAGAAGAAGAAGGCCAGAGCAACUUCAUUUGAUCAGAUGACUCAAAUUUCAAGUAGCGGACCGCUGUUGGUCGAAGAAGACAAGAAAAUAGCUAAAUUAGGAGGAUGUGAUUUUAGUACAAGAGGGAGGUGGGUCGAAGACGAGAGCUAUCCGUUGUACACAAGUCGUUCAUGUCCGUUCAUAGAAGAAGGUUUUAGUUGUAAUGGGAGAUUAGACAAAAACUUCACUAAGUGGAGAUGGCAACCACAAGAUUGUGACAUUCCAAGGUUCGACGCAAGAAAAAUGCUUGAAUUUAUCAGAGGGAAGAGGCUAGUGUUUGUGGGCGAUUCAAUCAAUAAGAAUCAAUGGCAAUCUAUGGUGUGCAUGCUUGUCGGAGAUAAAAGAAAUCCAAAUAAGCCCAGAUUCAUCAGAAAGAGAGGAGGCUAUAGUGUCGUCUUUGUGGAUUACCAGUGUAAAGUUGAAUUCUAUCCGUCCGUUUUCUUGGUUGAAAAAGUCAUGACAAGAGUAGACCAGAAGCAGGAGCAAACGUCCUUGCGAAUUGAUUCCAUUGAUCACGGUUCACAUCGAUGGAGAGAAGCUGAUAUUUUGGUAUUCAACACCGAACAUUGGUGGGUCGAAUUCAAAACUAAUGCCGGGGUUAAUUUCUUCCAGGAAGGUGAAAAAAUUCAUCCAUAUCUUGAUGUUCUCACAGCUCUCAGAAAGGGUUUGAUGACGUGGGCAUCAUGGGUUGAUAAUUACAUCAAUCCAAGCAAAACUCAAGUUUUCUUUCGAACUUCAUCGCCAACGCACUUCAGCGGAGGAAAAUGGAAUUUACGGCAGAGUUGUGUAGGAGUUAGUGAGCCCCUCCUCCAACCUUCAGGAAUUGUAAACGAGAAAGAUGUAAUUGUAGAGGAGGUCCUAAAGCAGAUGAAGACUCGAGUCACUUUGUUGAACACAACGAGCUUGUCAGAGUAUCGAAUGGAUGCUCAUCCAUCCGACAUCAGAGAUUGCAGCCAUUGGUGCCUUCCUGGCAUUCCUGAUGUAUGGAAUGAAUUGUUAUAUCUUCAUUUGAGGGUAUCCCAAGCAGUGGGCGCACAAAAUGAUUUACAUGUCAAAAAUGAAGACGGAGGCGCCAGCGAGUCUGAUAUUAUUAUUGAUAGUAACUUCACAGCAGUGCCGGCAGAACAAAUUCCAUCAGCUGCAAUCUUAAUUGACAAGAUUGAGACAAAUACUCAUGAAGAACAAAAUGUUCCAUCCGUGAACACGACUGUAGAGCAAAAUGCUCCAUUGAACCGCACUCAUGAAGAGCAAACUGCGCCGUUGGCAAACACAACCGAGAAGCAAAAUGCACCGUUGAUGAACAAGACUGAAGAGCAAAAUGCUCCAAUUUUGAUGAACAAGACGGAACAGCAAGAUGCUCCAAUUUUGAUGAACAAGACGGAACAGCAAAAUGCAGCUGCAUUGAGUGAAAAAACGGUUCAAGCUAAAAGUAGAAAGAAGAAGAAGGCCAGAGCAACUUCAUUUGAUCAGAUGACUCAAAUUUCAAGUAGCGGACCGCUGUUGGUCGAAGAAAACAAGAAAAUAGCUAAAUUAGGAGGAUGUGAUUUUAGUACAAGAGGGAGGUGGGUCGAAGACGAGAGCUAUCCGUUGUACACAAGUCGUUCAUGUCUGUUCAUAGAAGAAGGUUUUAGUUGUAAUGGGAGAUUAGACAAAAACUUCACUAAGUGGAGAUGGCAACCACAAGAUUGUGACAUUCCAAGGUUCGACGCAAGAAAAAUGCUAGAAUUUAUCAGAGGGAAGAGGCUAGUGUUUGUGGGCGAUUCAAUCAAUAAGAAUCAAUGGCAAUCUAUGGUGUGCAUGCUUGUCGGAGAUAAAAGAAAUCCAAAUAAGCCCAGAUUCAUCAGAAAGAAAGGAAGCUAUAGUGUCGUCUUUGUGGAUUACCAGUGUAAAGUUGAAUUCUAUCCGUCCGUUUUCUUGGUUGAACAAGUCAUGACAAGAGUAGACCAGAAGCAGGAGCAAACGUCCUUGCGAAUUGAUUCCAUUGAUCACGGUUCACAUCGAUGGAGAGAAGCUGAUAUUUUGGUAUUCAACACCGAACAUUGGUGGGUCGAAUUCAAAACUAAUGCCGGGGUUAAUUUCUUCCAGGAAGGUGAAAAAAUUCAUCCAUAUCUUGAUGUUCUCACAGCUCUCAGAAAGGGUUUGAUGACGUGGGCAUCAUGGGUUGACAAUUACAUCAAUCCAAGCAAAACUCAAGUUUUCUUUCGAACUUCAUCGCCAACGCACUUCAGCGGAGGAAAAUGGAAUUUACGGCAGAGUUGUGUAGGAGUUAGUGAGCCCCUCCUCCAACCUUCAGGAAUUGUAAACGAGAAAGAUGUAAUUGUAGAGGAGGUCCUAAAGCAGAUGAAGACUCGAGUCACUUUGUUGAACACAACGAGCUUGUCAGAGUAUCGAAUGGAUGCUCAUCCAUCCGACAUCAGAGAUUGCAGCCAUUGGUGCCUUCCUGGCAUUCCUGAUGUAUGGAAUGAAUUGUUAUAUCUUCAUUUGAGGGUAUCCCAAGCAGUGGGCGCACAAAAUGAUUUACAUGUCAAAAAUGAAGACGGAGGCGCCAGUGAGUCAGACAUUUUUACUAACGUCACGGUAGUCCCGGCUCAAAGUGCACCAGCUGCAACCUUAUUUGACAAGAUUGAGAACCACAAUGCUCCGUUGGUGAACACGACAAAAGAGCAAAAUGAACCGACGUCAUUAAUGAACAAGACCGAUCAAGAGCAAAGUGCGCCAAUAUCGGAAAACAGGACUGAUCAAGAGCAAACUGCUGCAUUGAUGAACAAGAUUGAGAGGGAGAGUGUAGUCCAAAAUGCUCCAAUAUUGAUGAAUAAGGCUGAUCAAGAGCAAAACCCUCCAACAUUGAUGAACAAGACUACUGACGAGAAAAACGCUGCAUUGGUUGAAAAACCGAUAAAAAAGAGGAUGGCGGGAAAGAGGAAGAAGAAGAAGAGCAUAGCAACAUCAUUUGAUCAAAAGAGUAGUACUACUCAAAUUUCAAGUAGCGGCGGGAUGCAAGACAUUGAAGAAAACAAGAAGAGAACAACAAAAUUAGGAGGAUGUGAUUUUAGUACAAGAGGGAGGUGGGUCUAUGAUGAAAGCUAUCCGUUGUACACACGUCGAUCCUGUCCCUUCAUAUAUGAAGGUUUUGAUUGUCAAGGCAGUGGGAGAUUAGAUAAAAACUUCACCAAGUGGAGGUGGCAACCACAAGAUUGUGAAAUUCCAAGGUUCAAUGCAACAAAAAUGCUGGAACUGAUGAGAGGUAAACGGCUACUUUAUGUGGGGGAUUCAAUCAACAGAAAUCAAUUUGAAUCCAUGGUGUGCAUGCUAAUGGGAGAUAUAAGAGAUCCCAAUAGGCCCAGAAUCUCCCAUGCCAAGGGGACUUACAGUUUUUACUUUGUGGAUUACAAGUUUACAGUCGAGUUUUCUCCAUCCGUUUUCUUGGUUGAGAAAGGCACAAAAAGAGUAGGGCAGAAGCAGGUGCAAACGUCCUUGCGAAUUGAUGCCAUUGAUCAGGGUUCAUCUAGAUGGAGAGGAGCUGAUAUUUUGGUAUUCGACACUGAACAUUGGUGGACCGAUUCCAAAACUAACUCUGGGAAGAAUUUUUACCAGGAAGGGGGAAAAAUUCAUCCAUAUCUUGAUGUUCACACAGCUCUCAGAAAAGGUUUGAUGACCUGGGCAGCAUGGGUUGAUAAAAGUAUCAAUCCACACAAAACCCAAGUUUUCUUUCGAACUUCAUCACCAACGCAUUUCAGCGGAGGUGAGUGGAAAUUGAGCCGGAGUUGUAUAGGAGCUACUGAACCCCUCCCCAAACCUUCAGGAAUGGCAAACAAGAAAGAUGUAGUCCUAGAGGAGGUCGUAAAGCAGAUGAAAACUCAUGUGACAUUGUUGAACAUAACAAGCCUGUCAGAAUAUAGAAUAGAUGCUCAUCCAACAGCCAUCAAAGACUGCAGCCAUUGGUGUCUUCCUGGCCUGCCUGAUGCCUGGAAUGAAUUGUUGUUUCUGCAUUUGCUCAGUGACUCAUGACCAAAAUACACCGAGUAUAUUUGGUCACUCUGUUAUAUGAUAACAAAAAAUAAAUCACAUUUUGGCCACCUAGAAAUGCGAGUGAAAAUUUCUUGA